AUGAAGUUUUAUAUUUCUAUUUUAUUUUCGAGUUAUUUUCAAGCGUACCAUUGUGAGCUAACGAGUAUUGCUCUAACACCAACUAACAAUGUAGUAAAAGAUACACAAUUGGGUAACACAGACCUGUCCACAGUGUCUAUGACACCCGCUAAUACCUUCGCAUCAUGUUACGUCAAGCAGGCCUUUUCAGCAGCGACCGGAGUCGAAGUGGAGCAUCCGUUUAAUGUUAGAUAUGAAGCCGCAGCGGCUAGCUCAUACAACUGGAUUGUGAUAUUUGACUCGACCAGUCCCUUUAAACUGGAUUCAACCGUGGUACCAAUAUACACUGUGAUAGUAGGAUGUCUACAGAAUGCUGUUACCCAAUCAGCAAAUCUUACAGUCCAAGUUCUACCCAAUCAGAGACCAGCUCUUAUAGAUUAUCCUGGAAAAGUAAUAAGUUACAGUGCUCCAACAGUGCCCGCGGGGAUGUUACUAUAUAAAGUAACAGCCACAGACGGUGAUGGGGAUGUGUUAACCUACACUUACAACAUUCAACCUGCCGUUUCUUUUCUGUCCAUUGAUCAAGUUACCAAUGAGAUUAGCGCUGCGGUUGAUUUCCGAUCCGUGACGAUUCCAUUAGUAACAAUCAAUGUGGAUGUCACUGACGGUUUCGAUACUUUGACUGGCUUUAAAUUACAGAUACAAAUACUAAACUUAAACACUCGUCCAGAAAUCACUAACCUACCAGCGGCUGUAACAAUGAAAGAAGACGUAAACGGUGGAACAUUGUUAAUAGAUUUAUUAUACCAAGAUCCUGAUUAUACCGGGUCUUUUAUCCCCGACUGCUCGGUAUUCCCUAAUAUCAACCCCUCUAUUAUCUCUAUAUCUGGUAGUAGACUCACACUAGCUAACGGAGGAAAUGGUAAAAGUCUAUUGGACUAUGAAGCCAUCACCAGCUAUAGAAUUACCUGUACUAUCUUUGAUGGUUACCUGUACUCGGAGAACGAUGUGCUGACGCUCAAUGUGGACAAUGUAAAUGAACCACCAAUCUUCAAUCAAGCUAGUGGUGUUUAUAACUGUCAGCUCCAAGAAUCUAAGGCAGGUGGAUCAUCUUGUAAUUUAUUUCUCAGUGUCCAGGAUCCGGAAAGUGAUGCAUACACAAUUUCAAUCCGCCCAGGGAACAACAACGAACGUUUCACAUUCGCUUCACCAUCGUCUGAUAUCCUGACUUUCGCCACAGACUAUGAUGUCGACAAUAACGCCAUGCCGAGCUCGGUGUCCCUGGAUAUAGAAGCAAGGGACGCUAAUGGUGCAGCAGGAUUCGCCCAGAUUAAGGUCACCAUCACUGAUGUCAAUGAUAACGAGCCAGUGUUCCCUGGUUCGCAACCUGUCAUCGAACUCAACGAUUUGACGCCAAUAGGGUUGGUGGGUAUUCUUCAGGCGUCUGAUGCCGAUUCUGGAUUAAACGGUGAAGUAGAAUAUAGAGCUACAACCAUUAGUCCACUGACAGCUGCCAAUUAUCUCAACGUACUAGGCAACGGGCAGAUCCACUACACCAAACAAUUCCCAGAUACUUGGUCCGGGACAACCAUUCUACUGACAGCAGACGCCGAAGAUAAGGGGAUACCCAGCAAGAAAGCCUCUACCACACAAACCGUUCGAUUUGUGACCCUUCCAACAACCACCCAACCGCCUCCAGCUACAACGCAACCCGAUACUACCCCGAACCCACUCUCUCAGCAACCAGAGCAAGGCUAUUUUGACGAACCGGCUAAUAUUGCUAUGGUGGCUGUUCUUGGAGUAAUUUUAUUUAUUGCUCUACUGAUAGCAUUGUUUUUCUGUAUGAGGAAACUAUUCUUAGGGUAUUGCUGUACUAGACCAAGCCAUGGUAGAGUUCAUCCUUAUAAUGGUUACCCUCCAGACUAUUACACACCACCAAGACAAAGUCGAUAUUCCGGGUACCCUCGGUACUACCGGGAACCCUCCGACCAUGUAGACCCAAGGGAGUAUUACAGAGAUCCUCGAUAUCACAGAGACCCCAGGCAUCCGCUCUCUGCAGGCAGCAUUCACGGAGAGAUCAUAGCAGUUGAUGACCGAAGAAGUAAACCGAGCAGACUGGCGCUGCAACCAUUUUAGACUUCUGUUAUAAUCCUUUGUGGCAUUUGUGUAAAUAUUUUCAUGCAGGACAAGCAAAUAUUGUGGCUUUCUUAUCAAGGAAUUCCCAUCUUAUUGAUCACUAUACCUUUGCGAUAUUGGGUGGGAGGUGCUAAAUCAGUACACGUGUGAUUGACAUGUUUAGUCCCACCCUUAACAUGUGCUGUGCUAAAUUUAACAAACUUCAUAGAGCUUCCCAAAAAAGAGUCCUCACACCAUAGCAAUCACCAAGUGUGAGAAACAAUAUCGACGGAACUCGCAACCAUUCGCAACUGAUGAUCGCUGUGGUGUGAGGGUUCGUUAAUCCUCUGAAAUGCAUUGAUUAUGUCCAACCGUGUCUGUGAUAUUGUACUUUUUUAAAUAAAUUAUAUUUUAUUUU